UUGGUGGUCAUUCACUAUUAUUUAUUGAACUUUAUCAUCAUUAUCAAACAGUGUUUAACUUUGAUGCUCAUACACUUUCGAUUGCUCCAUUUCUUCAACAACCAACUAUAUUUCAACAUUCACAAUUACUUCAAACAGUUAUAAUGAAUAAUGUCAACGCAACACAAUGGCACACAUUAUAUAUAAAUGAAGGUAUUGCCUCUUUUGCUCAAGAACGUAUCUUUCUUGAUGAACAAGUUCGUUUUUCGAGUGGUACUGCUAUCUAUAAUGAACUAUCCACUUUACAAAUUGUUCAAGGAUCAUUAUCAUUAAAUAGUUUAUCACAAGCAUUUCUAUAUGUUUUGAAUAAACAUAAAAUAUUACGUACAUCUCUUCUAUUUAACAAUGAUGAUGGCAUUUUGAAACAAUGUAUUACAGAUAUACAUAAAACAUUCACAAUAACUAUGAAUCAAACAUUUCAAAAUGACAAUGAACUUCGAGAUAUUAUUUAUCAAACAACUAUUAAUCCUAAUCUCUUCGAUUUAUCAUCUGGUCAUGUUUUUCAUACUGAAAUUCUGAAACAUCAAACAUCAUUCAAUGUAAAUGAAAAUAAUAGCAAUGAAUUUAUAACUAACUCUGAUGUUCUCCUCAUUGCUUUUCAUCAUGCAGCAUUUGAUCGAGCAAGUCGUCCAAUCUUUUUUAAUGAUGUAUGUUUAGCCUAUAAUACUAAUGCAGUAUCAAUAGAAGAUGAUGAUGAAUUACUGCAAUAUAUUGAUUGCAGUAUACACGAACGUCUAAUUGAUAUGACAACAUCUCGUGAAUUUUGGUAUUUACAAUUAGAAGAAUACAAUUUCGAAUCUCGGCUAUCAUUACCAGCUGAUCGACAUCGUUUAUCUAAUGAUCAUCGAUCGAGUUCUGCUUCUGUCACUCAAAUCUCUUUUGACAACGAAAUUUCACAAUUAUUUCUUGAUUAUGCUGCUAUACAUCAUGUGACACCAUUCCAGUUAGGUCUGAGUAUAUUAUAUGUUUUUCUUUUCAAGUUAACGCAUGGUGAAAAUGAUUUGUGUAUUUCUUGUCUUAAUGCUAAUCGAUACAAAACUGAACUGCAGAAUAUAAUGGGAAUGUUUAUUUCGACAUUACCAUAUCGUAUUCAAAUUGAUCCUUAUUGGUCAUUUGAUGAUCUUGUUAAAUGUGUACAAGAAAAAUGUAUAUCAAUUCUUGAACAUUCACAUUAUCCACUUCAACAUAUUCUUGCUAAUUUACAUAUUAAUCAAUCAAAUAUUUCAUUUCUCGAAACAAUGUAUGACUUUAUUACUGUAUCGUCACGCAGCACUGAAUUAUCUUUUGAUGGAGCAAGUUUCAAGCAACUGUCAUUUGAACAAUCGUCUGAAGUGGCUAAGUUUGAUUUUAUGUUAAUGUUUGUCUAUAAUUCAAUGUUGGAAAAUAAUAGAAUAUCAUUUCGUUUAACUUGUUCACAUGAUCUGUUUGAUGAGAUUACAGUUACAAAUAUAGGUCGAAGAUUAGAAUAUUGUUUUCAACAAAUUUUCUCAUCAAGUGAAAUUAUCAAUCGAAUUGAUACAUGUUUUGCAUCUAUGUUGAAAAUUAAUCUUAUUCUACCAGAAGAAACUCGAGAAGUGGAAGAUAUUAUCUUUUGUCGACAAUCACAUAUUAUAAACGAAGCACCAGCAUCAUUUGCACAAGCUCGUAUUUGGCUUGAUGAAAGAAUUCGAUUCGAUCCAGACAAGCCCCAAGUAGCAAUCUAUAAUAUGCCAUUUGUUUAUCGUCUACAACCUGGUCAUACUUUAUCCAUUAUACAACUUUAUCAAGCUCUUCAUCUCACUGUUAACAAGCAUCCCGCACUUCUUACAUCACUUUAUUUUGACAUCCAAAAGAAUCUACUUAUGCAACGAGUUGUCACUCAUGAUGAUAAAAAUAAUAAUAAUAAUAUGUUUUCAAUCAUCGAAACUACUUAUGAAACAGAUAAACAACUCAAUGAGAUUUUACAUGACGAGAAACAAAAUCCUCAUCUUUUUAAUCUUGCUCAAGGUCUCGUCUUUCGAUGUCAUAUUAUUUAUCACAAACAAAUCUCUUCGAAUCAUCUACUUUCUCACAAAGAUCUACUUAUUUUCAAUUUUCAUCAUGCACAAUUUGAUUUUCCAUCAAUGAAAGUGUUUCAUCAUGAUCUCAAUCAAGCAUAUACAACAGGUCAAUUAUUAUAUGAUGACAGCACUAAUCUUCGUUAUCUCGACUAUGCUGUUAUUGAACAGCAAAUGUCAAUGACUGGUGCAAGUAUGUUUUGGCUUGAUGCUCUUCAUGAUUGUAAACUUGAUCAACCUUUGUCAUUACCAUAUGAUCGAUAUCGUCUCUCAAAUGAACAUCGAACUGGUCGUGGAACAUCGAUUUCUUUUGAUUUUGGUCAAGAUCUCUCACAUGACUUUCUUACUCAUGCAUCAUCAAAUGAUAUAUCAUUGGAACAUCUUGCACUUGCUACUUAUUAUGUACUUUUAUUCAAACUAACGAAUGGAGAAACAGAUUUAUGCACUGGAAUAAAUACACAUGGACGAUAUAGAGAUGAACUUAACUAUAUCAUUGGAAUGUUUGUGAAUGCCAUACCUUUGCGAUGUCAACUCGAUCCUCAUUUAUCAUUUCAUGAACUUACUAAACACGUACGAGAUAAUAUGAUAAACUGUAUUAAAUAUUCAUAUUUUCCACUUCAACAUAUUCUCAAUCAACAUCCUAAUAUAUCAAAUCCUGUAUUUCUUGAUACAUCAUUUGAAUUUCUGUUAUUUAUGGGAAAAGAUGAAGAAGAUGAAAUAAUGCUUGGUGAUAGUCGAUUUUCUUUACUACCCUUGUCAAUUAAGAUUAGUGAAAAUGAAAUAAUGAGUAAAUUUGAUUUCAUUCUUAGUUUUCAACAUGACCUGAAUCUUAAUGAACUUUCAUGCACCAUCGAUGCUUCAACUGAUUUAUUUAAUGUUGAAACAAUUUGUUUAAUUACACAAAGAUUACAGACAAUGUUACAUCAACAGUUCACCUCUUUUAACUGUACAACAAACAAAUCCAUCUAUGAAUUAUCAAUGAUAUUAUCAAAUGAACAAUAUCUAAUGCAAUCAUUGAAUAAUACACAAACAUCAUUUUCAUCUGCUCCUUCCACUUGUAUUCAUCGUGAGUUUGCAUAUCAAGUAAUGAAACAUUCACAGAAACUAGCUGUUGAACUAGAUGAACAAUCAUUGACAUAUUGUGAACUUCUAUAUUAUGUUCAAAUAUUAUCUUUAACUCUUCUUAAUGAAUAUCAUGUAUUUCCAGGUGAGAUCGUGUGUCAAUGUGUUGAGCGAAGUUUGUCAAUGGUGAUCGGUAUUAUGGGAAUUGAAAUGGCUGGUGGUGUUUAUUGUCCAUUGUCACCUCGAGAUCCAAAACAUCGUCUACAUGCACUCACACAACAAACACAGAGUCGUCUUGUUCUUGUUCAUCAUUUAACUAAGACCAAAUUUGAUCAUGACAUUGUUUCACUUGAUAUUGAUUCAGAUUUGUUUGACAAAGAUAUGCAUGAUACACUUGAUGCCGACCGAUUAUCAAAUAUCAUAGUAGCACUGGACAGUAUGGGAUACAUCAUCUUCACAAGUGGAUCUACUGGAACACCCAAAGCGGCCCAAGUAUGGCAUCGAAAUUUUAUUCAGUUAAUAUUUUCGUUCGUCUUCAGUGAUGUAUUGAAUGAAAACGACACCAUUAUGCAAAUAGCACGUUGUUCUUUUGAUUUUCAUAUUCAAGAGGUUAUGGGUACGUUGGCAACUGGAGCCACACUUGUAAUGUUGCAUCCAGGAGGAAUUAUUGAUUUCACUUCAAUCGCGAAUCGCUGUAGAGUGUGGAACCUUUAUGGUCCAGCUGAAACAACUAUAGUUUCUACCUUCCACAGAGUAGAUCUAAUAGACGAUACACGAAGCGUUUCAAUUGGUAGACCACUUUCUAAUUACCUAUGUAUGAUUAUGAAUCAAUAUUUACAAUCAUCUGUUGUCGACGAAGAAGGUGAACUAUUUCUAGGAGGGACAGGUGUGUUUGCUGGUUACCUUCGUCGUGAUGAUUUAAGUGCAAAAGCUCUUGUUGAAAUAAAUGGUGAACUGUUUUACCGAACAGGUGAUCUUGUUACAUUGGACAACUAUGGUCUUCUUCGUUUUCAAGGAAGAAAAGAUCAUCAAAUCAAACUGCGUGGACAACGAAUUGAACUUGGUGAAAUCGAACGAUGUUUACUUAACAUCACAUCUAUUUCUGCUUGCGUUGUCAUGAAAUGGAAUGAUGAUUACUUAGUUGCAUAUGUUCAAAGUUCUGAUACUAAUAAACAGGAAUUACAUGAACAUUGUCAGUCCCAUCUUCCACCACAUAUGAUUCCAUCGAUAUUUAUUAUACUUGAAAAACUACCUUUGAAUCAAAAUGGAAAAGUAGACCGAAAACAACUUCCUUCACCCGACUUUUCUUUAUCGACUUUAUUAUUAUCCGAUAAAUCGGAUACUCCUCUGAAUCAGUUUGAAGAACGUAUACACACUAUCUGGUGUCAAGUUCUUCAUUGUGAUGAAAAUCACAUUUCUAGAACUACCACUUUUUUUAGUGUUGGUGGUCAUUCACUAUUAUUUAUUGAACUUUAUCAUCAUUAUCAA